UCUUGCUUGUCUUAGUCCUUGUUGUUUUCAUUUUACCAUGCUGCUUCGUGGCAAUUUCUUAGGAUUAGUUUAACUAUUGCUGUGGGUAGGUGCUUUCAAAGCUGGUUUCCGUUUUGCCCUGUCCUCUUACGUUCUUAUUUCAACAAGAAAAUGUGCAUUGUCCUAAACUAAACGCGUUUUUUAUUUUUAAAGGCAAUGGCUCCGAAACAGCCGAGUACGGGUUUAUUUGUUGGAUUGAACAAGGGUCACAUUGUGACCAAGAAGGAAUUGGCUCCACGCCCGUCAGAUCGCAAAGGGAAAACCAGCAAGAGGGUACACUUUGUAAGGAGUAUUAUCCGUGAAGUUGCUGGCUUUGCUCCCUAUGAGAAGAGGAUUACAGAGCUUUUGAAGGUUGGUAAGGAUAAGAGGGCAUUGAAAGUGGCAAAGAGAAGGUUGGGUACCCACAAGAGAGCUAAGAAGAAGCGUGAGGAGAUGUCAAACGUGCUCCGAAAGAUGAGGGCUGGUGGAGCCAGUGACAAAAAGAAGUGAGACCUGCGUCCUCUAGUACCAAAUUUACUAGAAUGUGUCAUUUCAGUUCUUGUAGUUGCCCGCGGGUUUUGUUUAAUUCAUUGUCGUAAAGCGAGACUUGUUUUAGAAAUUUUGGUUUUUAGCUCGAGACAUGAGAAAUGGAGGUUACCAUAGUAAUGUUUUUUCUUGAAGUCUUAGCGUAUACUGCAUCACCAUUUUUUAACAUCUGAAUGUUGCCAUUGGUGUCUCUGCCUGAUGAUGAGUUAAAUCAACUUAAUCCUUUCACAUGCA